AAAGUUGCAAUAUAACUAGUAAUAAUCCAGUGCAUAAUGUAUGUCAAUACGGGUUCUUGGGUGUGUUGAUAUGGCAUCCAUUGGUGAUACCGUAAACACAGACUGUGAAUAUUACCCAUCGGUGUGUAUCAUAAGGAUGAGUGACAUUUGCCGGGAUGUGUCAACUGACGAUGCCAUUUUCUCGCUAGUACACAUAACAUCACCUGAGAUUCUGCAGCCGAGGUACUUUAAUUCCAAAUUUAGACAGGAAGCACAAACUGACGUUAAUCUAUCGGUGAACGUUAACGUGUGGUUGGGGAAAUCGCGUGAUAUAUCUUCUAUUGACGUUGUUCAAGGCUCCAUUCUUGCUAUUGGUGUCGUUGUGCGUCCUAAGGACUCCGUGCACGACCUGGAUGCCUGGGUUGCUAAAUACAGGUCUUUGGAGGUCAAGGUAGACAUUCCGAGUGCCAAUGAUAGCUCCCUUAUCAAGGUGGUCAAAAGGGAUGACCGUCCCGCUACAUCAGUUCCAUCGCUAAAAUAUUCGUUUUUAUGUAUCCAUGAAGACACAUAUUGGCUGCAUACUACUUUUGACACAAUAGUGUUGCCUACAUACCUCCUUGAGAGGGUAAUACCUAUUAUCGCAUACGUCAAUCCUCUGGAGGGAACCGCCUGUGUGUUGCCCAGUAUUAAACUUGUUGGCGAAAUGUUCGUUAGAAAUAUUAUGGCUAUUGACGUUUCCAUUAUGGACCAGUUUGCCCAGGUGAAGCUCAGUAACAAGGACGAUAACUGCACUAUCGAGGUAGAGGACCUGCUAUUAACCUGUGCUGACUACCGACUGGCUGAGGGCGUGUUACCUCUGACACUUGGCAGGAAGCAGGAUAUCCACGUUGUGUUAACAUCGGAUUACCCGGAGCGGCUGUACAAGAGGGAUGAAUUGGACAGUCUUUUUCUGAAAUGGCACAUCAAAGGCCAGCCUGGGGAAGUCCGGCACAUUUGGAGCAUUGUGGCAACGAAGAAGGCAGCCUCGCUACAAAUGUAUCAGUUGGCUGCUGAAGGCAAUCGCCUGUAGGACAACAUCGCAAAUUCAAGAAUCCAGGAUACAGUUAAUGUCGUUCUAUA